AUAGCAGACCCACUAAGCACCGCCUUGGGGGUGCUGGCGUUGGCGAUCCUUGACCUUCAAUCCAGUCGAGUGCUCUACCAGACCAUCGCAAACUUUCAAAGUAAUCAAAGGACUGUGCGCCAGCUCAACGAAGAGCUCGAGGCCCUAAAUGGAGUCUUAGAGGUGCUACAGGGAACGGCUACCAACGCGGAUGUCGAUCUCGCCAUUCUGCGACUUCCCCUCCUCCGACGCGGCAUGGCUUGUGAUGACUUCGAAGCGCUGAUUGCCAAAUGCACCGCGCAUUCUGGUGGACCCAAGACGAGUUUUAGGGAUUGGACGAAGCUAAGAUAUAUGGGAGACAAUAUCGAUGGAUUCAAGAAUAUGCUAGCAGGAUAA